GGUGCGGGAAGAGAUUCGAUAUAGGUCCAGGGAGGAAAAAGAAAACCCGGAGACCAUUUUUGGCAUCUUGCAGGAGCUUUACGGUUGUCCACAGUCAUACGUUGCCUUGCAGGAGGCAUUCUUUUCUCGGAAACAGCAAGAGGGGGAGUCGCUUCUUGAGUUUUCUAUCGCCUUGAUGACCCUAAUGGAUAAGGUUAGACGGAGCGCGCCCGAGGGGAUUCUUAAUGUAGAUGUUAUUCUGCGUGAUCAGUUUGUGGAACAUGUUAGCGAGGGUGCUCUGCGUCGUGACUUGAAAAGCUUCAUCCGGACUAAACCGUUGGCCACGUUGAUUGAGGUUCGUAAGGAAGCAAUUCGUUGGGAACGGGAGGGCUCGGCUGAACCCCUACGGCCGCGUAGUUGCUCUUUACCCUCCAGCGAUCGAGUCUUCGGGGUCCCUGGUACAUCUUGUUCCGUGAGUAGUGAUUCUCGCGGUGGGCCCCCGACAAGGUCUGAUAUGGAAAAAUUACAGGCUGACGUGGCAAAGCUUAUGGAGUUGGUGCAACAACAACAGGCUCAGCUUCAGAGUCUUUCUCACGGUGCGGCUGCACGGGGGGAGCCACAGAGGCGUGGUCGAUCUCCCCGGGAAGGACCUAUCAUCUGCAGACGCUGCCGUCAAUCAGGCCACUAUGCUGGGGACUGUGAUGGGGAGCGAGUGGUGGGGCCCCCACUAGUCCCUCCUAAUAGAGGCCUUAGGCCUCUUGAGCAUCGGCCUCCCCACCUGAAUCAGCCAUCGGAAAACUGAUGCCCGCCGGACUGAAGAGUCACAGUCCGGAGGGGGCUUUUCUUGGCUCAGGCACUGCGUUUGAUCCCCUUACUGUUGCUAAUGCUUUACUUUCCAACUGUCCACAUUUGCUUGUCUUGAUGGGUGGGGUUCAUGUUCCAUGUCUUAUUGACACAGGGUCUAUGGUGUCGACCAUCACUGAAAGUUUCUUCUCGGCCCAUUUUGAACCUCUGGGGCAGGAGCGUUUACAAUCAUGUCAUUGGUUACAACUUCGAGCCGCUAAUGGUCUAGAGAUUCCAUAUUUGGGCUAUUUGGAACUAGAUGUCGAGCUCUGUGGAAAAAGUAUGCGUGACUGCGGUGUUCUGGUUGUUCGUGACCCCUUGGGGGGCAUGGCCGCUAAAAUUCCCGGGGUUCUUGGCAUGAAUGUGAUUAGUAGGUGUUAUCAGGAAUUGUUCGGGCAACAUGGUCCCACGCUUUUCGAUCUUCCAUCUGUGUCUACAGCCCCACAGCCGGUGGUGAGAGCGUUGCAGCACUGCCAUCAGGCUGAAGUCCAGCCUAUGAUCAGGACCAGUGGCACUGUGAACGUUGGGGGUCGAAGGCCGUGGCGGGUUCCGGGGGGGACUAUGAAGUUGAUCCCGGCUACCUGUCCCGAGUGUCAUUCUGGAUUCGGCACGCUUUUCGAGCCCGCAGAUUGGGGAUUGCCAGGGGGGUUGCUGGUUUCUCCAGCCCUUGUGCAAGUGACGCGUGGUUCCGUGCAGGUCCCUGUAGUCAACGUUGGUUGUACGGACAUUUUGCUCUACCCCCGUACUAGGCUUGGACUUCUGAGCACUGUGUCCAUUGUUAGUUUGCCACGAGAUGUGGUGGAGGUUCAUUCGGUUACUGCCACUAUUUGUUCCCAGUCGCCUGCCCCGUUGUCAGUGGAGGAACAAAUUGGGGCUGUGGAUUUGUCGCCCCUGUCUGCCGAGGGACAGGCAGAGGUUCGUGCACUGCUUUUGAGGUAUUCCUCAGUCUUCUCUGCCCAUGAGGGAGAUUUGGGGUGUACUACCUUAAUUUCCCACGACAUCCCACUGUUAGAUCAGACCCCGGUCCGACAGCGCUAUAGGCGCCUUGCUCCUUCCGACUACGAGGCUGUGAAAACUCACAUCAACCAGCUUCUCCAGGCGAAGGUCAUAAGAGAGAGCAGUAGUCCAUUUGCUUCUCCCCUGGUUCUAGUUAGGAAAAAGGAUGGAAGCUUACGGCUUUGCGUGGAUUAUCGCUUGUUAAAUGCGAGGACUCGGAAGGAUGCCUUCCCUCUUCCUCGAAUUGAGGAGACGUUGGACAUGUUGGGGGGUGCCCGCUGGUUUUCCACAAUGGAUUUGGCCAGUGGGUACAACCAAGUCCCCGUGUCGGAGGGCGAUCGGGCCAAGACGGCAUUUUGUACACCGUUCGGGUUGUUCGAAUGGAACAGAAUGCCGUUUGGGCUUUGCAACGCGCCGGGCACGUUUCAAAGAUUGAUGCAACGUAUGUUCGGCGACCAACAGUGUCAGUCUGUUCUGCUGUAUCUUGACGAUAUCGUGAUCUUUUCGUCUACCGUAGCACAACACCUACAACGCCUGGAGAUGGUUUUGACCCGGUUGCAGGCAGAGGGACUGAAGGCCAAGCUGGGGAAGUGUGCGUUUUUCAAACCCGAGGUUCGUUACUUGGGGCAUGUGAUUUCCCAGCAGGGGGUCUCCACCGACCCUGAUAAGGUGGAAGCAGUUUUAAAAUGGCGGCGACCUACCAACGUGUCUGAGCUUCGCUCAUUUCUUGGCUUUGCCAGCUAUUAUCGACGUUUCGUCGAAGGUUUUGCAAAAUUGGCGGCCCCAUUACAUCGGUUGGUAGCUGGAUUAAGCGGGAGCCGAUCCAGGCGGGCCUCAGGGCAGCAGUUUCAGGACGCCUGGUCGGGGGAGUGUGAGGUAAGUUUCGACGGGCUUAAAAAUAAGCUCGUCGCUGCACCAGUACUGGCGUAUGCGGACUUUAGCCGGCCAUUCAUCCUGGAAGUAGACGCAAGCUAUAGGGGCUUAGGUGCGGUACUUUCUCAGGAGGUGGAUGGCAAGGUUCGGCCUGUUGCGUACGCCAGUAGGACCUUGAGACCGACGGAGCGAAACAUGAGCAAUUAUAGCUCCAUGAAACUCGAGUUUCUCGCCCUAAAGUGGGCGAUUACAGAGAAAUUCCGGGAGUAUCUCCUGGGGCAGAAGUGCUUAGUUUACACAGAUAAUAACCCUUUGAGCCAUCUCACCUCUGCGAAGCUAGGGGCCGUAGAACAUCGAUGGGCUGCACAGUUAGCCUCGUUCGAUUUUGAACUUAAAUAUCGAUCAGGAAAGUCCAACCGUAAUGCCGACGCGCUUUCGCGGCAAUACCAACCUGAUGGAGAGGGGGCAGGUGACCUGGCCUCAGGGACGGCGGUCCCCAGGUUGCUGCAACAGGUAGCGGCUUGGGGAGACCGCGUUACAGCUUCCCAGUUGGUGGUCUCGGUAUUGCCAUCCCAUGCUUCCCCAGAUUUGCGCGCUUUACAGGCAAGUGACCCUAUUAUUCAGUCGGUCCUGGUCUUUUGGAAGGAUCGUAGGCGGCCAAAUCGUGAAGAAAGGGAAACCCUUUCGCCCUUGGCUCUCGUCCUGUUGCGCCAGUGGGAUCGGUUAGUCGAAAAUGAAGGGGUGCUUUAUCGACGUGUUCUGCACCACAGUGGUCGCGAGGAGUGCCGUCAGCUGCUUCUGCCAGCUGUUUUGCGGUCAGAGGUCCUGCAACAACUCCAUCAACAGCAUGGCCACCAAGGGGCUAAUCGGACCCUUGAGUUGGUCCGGCAGCGGUGUUACUGGCCACGAAUGUUUGCAGAGGUGCGCCAGUGGUGUGAGGAGUGCCCUAGGUGCCAGGUGGCUAAGGAGACGGCUCCGCCAGCCUCCACAUUCAUGGGCCAUUUGUUGGCAUCUCGGCCUAAUGAAACAGUAGCCGUUGAUUUUACAGUCCUGGAGCCUACGACGGGUGGGGUGGAGAACGUCUUGGUAAUCACCGACGUCUUUAGUAAGUACUCCAUUGCAGUUCCAACACGGGAUCAGCGGGCCCCGACCGUUGCCCAGGUCUUGAUCACGGAGUGGUUCUAUAGGUUUGGUAUCCCUGGUCGGCUUCAUUCCGACCAGGGGCGCUGUUUCGAGGGCAUAUUAAUCCAACAACUUUGUAGUAUGUAUGGGAUCCAGAAGUCGCGAACAACCCCGUACCACCCGGCGGGGAACGGGCAAUGCGAACGGUUCAACCGUACGUUGCACAAUCUGCUGCGUACCCUGCCGGUCUCUCGUAAGCGCGACUGGGCUACUUGCUUGCCACAUGUACUAUUCUGUUAUAACACCACUCCGCAUCAGUCCACAGGAGAAUCGCCACACUUCCUAAUGUUUGGACAGGAGCCGCAACUGCCAGUGGACUUUCUGCUAGGCCGAGUUCGGCCGCCGGCUCAGGGGAGAGUGUGUGAUUGGAUACAGGAACAUCAGACUCGGCUUCAAGUGGCAUUCGAUGGGGCUAGGGAACGUCUGGCAGCGACGGCGGAAUACCGCAAAGACAAGCAUGAUGCACGGGUGCGGAGCCCGGCUUUAAAAGUAGGACAGCUGGUGUAUGUACGUGACUUCAGUGUGCGGGGUCGAAAUAAAAUCCAAGACCGGUGGAGCUCCUUGGUACACACGGUUGUGCGUGCUCCUUUGGAAGCUGGGGCCGUGUAUACCAUCGCCCCUGUCGGUGACCCGACAAAACUGAAGCACGUGCAUCGCAGUAUGCUGAAAGGACUGGUGGGGCCUCAUGCCCCUGAUAAUCACCUGGGGUUGACCCAACCUGGAGAAUCAACUCCCACUGACUCAGGGGAGCUGUCUAGUGAGGAAGACGUUCUCCUUGGGGAGCCGGUAGGUAACACCGGCCCAUAUGUUCCUGCUGGGCCUUACGCCCCCCAAGGUUGUGCUCCAGGGGGAGGCGAGGGGCUGGGUCAGAAUAGUCAGGAUGUCCCUUUUGGUAGCUCGGCUGCGGGCCCGUCGGCCAUUCGGCCGCCAGGUCGCAGCCCUUGUCGGGGUGAGCAAUUGCCACGUCGUACCACCCGGGCCACCGCGGGGCAACAUUCCAACCCGCAUCGGUUGCCUUGCGGGGCGACUAUAAAUUUUUGAUGUUACCUCAAUUUGGAUAUGGGGACGUAUAUGUGGUAUCGUCGGGCCGACGAUAAAAGAUGUGGGGGGUAGAUUGUGGUGGUGCUCCGGUACCUUUAAGUGUGCUGCAGCCGUGUCGCAUCGUUGGUUACGUCAUUACGCUGGCUCGUUGUUCGGCGUUAGCGAUAGUCUUUAAAUUCACGGUGCGGACACGACCAGUGGAGCAAGCUCGGGCUGUUUCACGCAGUUCCGCCUGGCCAUCAGGAUUGGUUUUGCUGUUAUUGCUCGUUCGCGAGCGAUCCUUUUGUGGAGGCAACGGUUGGUAUUUUCACGUUUCUCUCUGGAGGGAAUUUCGUUCGGUGGCCUGCGUUCUGAAGUGGCUCCUUUGGGCUCUAUCUGUGUUUUGCAGUGGUUUAUUCAGUUCGCUUUCUCCCCGCGUUCUGGAUCCAUACUCGUGACUUUUGUCUCCGAGACCAGCUGGGUAUUCGGGUUUGGUGUACAUUAAUAUUGGACUUUAGGCUGCCAGGUGCUCUCAUCUUUCCUCUAUUGGAUUUAUAACCAGCUUUGCAUCGUCGGGCUCCACUCCGGCUGUUGUUCUGCUUUCAUUGUGCUUUUAUUAUAGUAUAUUUCCACGCUGUUGCUUGUUUUGGAUUGUGGCGGCAUCCCACUGGGAGGGGCCGUGUGCCGCCAUUUCAAACAGCAGCGUGUGUGGGUUAACUUUAAUUAGUGUAUGUGUGAGGGUGUGUGGGGUGGUAAGUGGGUAUUAACCACUCGUUAUCGAGUAUGUUGUUUUUGUGAUUUGGUUUAUUUUAUUUUUUUUUGGGUUAUGAUUUCUUUGGUUGAUUUUCUUUUUGAUUUCUAUAUACAUUCUGUGGGGCAGUGGUUGGGUUUUCAGGGCCUGUGUGGGCCUCACCUUUGUUCCUCACGACUUGCUGGGUUGGUACUGGUGCCUUGCUGUGCCCUCUUGGGGAUGUGAUAUUUGCUUGGGGUGUAUAGCUUACCGUGUGUGUGUGCUGUCACUGUUUUGUAAAUUGCUCUACUGCUGGUCCCGUGGGCUCAGCUAUUCCCGGCGGGUACUGUAUAGUGUUAAUCAUAUUUUCUGUUUUCUUUUCUCUUUCUCUUUGGCAGGAUUGGGGACGAUCAGUAGUGGGGGCCAACCCAGUGGUGGUGGGUAUCCAGAGUUCACCUUUAUGGUAGUGUAGCGUCACUUGGGUGUACAGUGCAGUGUAGAUCACGUGUGGUCCUUUCAACCCACUCCGUAAGUACGGUCCUCCUGCUGGUAAGCCCUCUCUUGCCUUUCUUCUUUUAUUAUUUUGAUUUUCUAGUAUUGGUGUUUGUUCUGUAUGUUUGGUAUGUUGACGUGUUAUUCUGGUGGGCUUACCUCUAACCAUACCCGCAGUAGUGUGUAAAUAAGUGAGUAUAUGUGUGUGUGUUUGGGUGUAACCAUUUUAACAAAAGAUUUAAGAAUAUAUUGUGAAUACGCUUGAAAGUAAAUAAAUAUGUAUACGAUUAGAAAUAGAACCCUGUCUCUGUCUUGAUUGCACGGACUUGUUUGCUAUUGGGCGGGUAUCUUGUGAACUUUGGAAACCGUGAUCAAUUUGGGGCGUUUGUAAUUAUAAACUCUUUUCCCCUCGGGGGCCUAUACCCCCCGGGGGUGGCGUUGUCGAAAGUACCUUCCGGGUUUCCGCCAUCUAUCACAGUAGCAUGACAGUUUAUUUUCGUACAAAUUGCAACGUAUGUCAUAAUUAUCAUUCCAUAUCAUGAAAAGACUCAAGUAAGCUACCUGAUAUUUCUUUAAUGUAACAUAUCUUUUUAUCUUGAUGUUUUUCUAGAACUUCUGAUGGUUCUUGUUUUCUAAUUUUAAUAUUUUUUUAAUAUUUUAUAUCUUAACUGUUUUAAUACCACUAUCACUAUUACACUUUGAUUUAUUUUUCAUUCUUCUCUGUAAACUUUGUAAACAUUUU